AUGAGCUUCCAACACCUCCACCCCAACUUCGCACAGAUAACAGGGCCAAAUCCAGAGAUCAAAUGCCAUAUCGAAAAUAAUGAUUACCCUUUUGCUCACGAAGCGAGUGUGUAUAUCCCCCUAAAGGACCAGGUCUUCGUUACAAGCAACCGCAUCGAAACAGACAAUGGCAAGCAACGAAUUCAAAUCUCAAAAAUCCAACUCAACGACAAUGAUGCAUGCAUCAAAGAGGAAAUCCACCCCGACAUCCCAAUGGCAAACGGUGGCGUGAACUAUCUAGAAGGUGUUCUAUUCUGUAGCCAGGGCACACUCGACAGGCCUUCGAGUUUGAUACACAUGGAAAUCGAAGCACCUUACAAGUGUACAACGGUGAUUGACAGUUUCUACGGUCGGAAGUUCAAUUCGCUCAAUGAUGUGGUCAUCCACAGCGAUGGAUCGAUUUGGUUUACCGAUCCCGUUUACGGAUUCAAACAAGGUUAUCGUCCAGUGCCUGAGUUGCCGGCACAGGUUUAUCGCUAUGAUUGGCUUACCAAGUCUGUGCGGGUUGUCGCAGAUGGCUUUGGGAGGCCAAACGGAAUUUCGUUCUCGCCUGACGAGAAGACUGUUUACAUCACCGAUACGGAUGCCGUCCAGGGAGAUGGGAGCGUGAAGUUGGCUCUCGCGGCUACAAUCUACGCCUUUGAUGUGGUCGAAUACCAUCAACAGCCAUUUCUUACGAACCGCCGCGUCUUUGCAAUGUCAGAUAAUGGUAUCCCCGAUGGGAUCAAAUGUGAUCUAGAGGGGAACGUAUACAGUGGAUGCGGUGAUGGUAUCCAUGUUUGGUCUCCAGGUGGUGUGCUUCUGGGUAAGAUUCUGAUUCCUGGGGGUGUUGCCAAUUUCUGCUUUGAAAAGCCUGGAAAGAUCUUGGCUUUAAAUGAGACGCGAUUUUGGCGGAUAUCUUUAACCCCGUCUUGCCGGGGAGCCCUGCUCGGGCUAUGA